GAUCUGCACUCGACAAUGCAUUGUGAGAUUUUGACGGGUAUCAGUGUUUCGUCGGUCUGUGUCUCGUGGGUGCCUCGUUUUCCGGAUUCUCGUCGCGUCUCGUACGUUCAACGCGAAUUUCGGUAAAUUUUCUCUUCAAAACGGUUCGAUUUAUCUUUGGAACAAACACCAAUUAAUCUUUUAAUGCCUCCGCGUUAUCAAGAUCAGCGAUAAUUACACACAGAUUUCGGAGCGUCGAGGAAACAUGGGUCGUAAAAAGUCUCGAAGCAAAAGGGCUGUUCAGCACUGUGAAAAACCAGAGAAGGACAAUUGCGACGUGAAAUCCACGGCCAAAGACGAAGAGGAUAAAGAAAGCAACGAGAAGGCUCUCGAAGAUCAAGAAACGGACGUCCCGAUCGACGUCCAUUCGCGGCUGUCCUAUCCUCUGGUCGGCUCGACGUUGGAGGACUCGUCGAGCGACGAGGACAUGGAACGCGUCGAAUUGAGCGUCAGACCUCGAUUCAUGUUCGUGGCCAGCCUCUGCGCGGUUUGCCUGGAACAGUCCACAGUGUUUUGCGAUUAUUGUCAAAUGGUGUCCUACUGCUCGACAGAGCACAGAACUCAGGGGCUGGGGGUGCACCGCGACUUGUGCGAGCCUCUGAAGGAGAUCCGCUCCUCCAUAUCGACGAUGCUCACCGGGGAAUCGGACGAGCGUCUCGACGCGGAACAGUACCGCAUUUACAGGCUUCAGCUGCUCGCGAUCCUCGAGUCGGAGAUCGGCAGACCGUUGAAACUCUGGGAGAAAGAGAUCGUGCUGUAUCCUCGGGUCUGUCGAAUCUGUUGCAGCUUCCUCGAGGACCCUGUCUGCUGUACGCGUUGCUCGAUGGAAUCGGUUUGCAAGGACCACGACAAAGAGCACGAGAAAUGGUGCAAAGAGUUCCAAGUACUUCGACGAUGCCUCGUUUUACAGUACAGACACGGUUACGCGGAUCCUCGGCUCCCGAACGCGUUGGAAGAAUCGCCCCUCGAGUUGUUGGACUACAAUUUCGACGAUUUGAUGCGACGAGUUUACGAAGAUUGUCCGUAUUACCGUGAAAUGGACAGCUACACGUACGCCACGCUGUCCCAUCUGUGCACGAUACCUCUAACUGCCCUCUAUUCCAUGCAAGUCGCAUGCCCCGAAUGGAGUACCAAGACCGAAUGCACCGUGCACGUGGUCGGGGCGGAAUUCCAAUUCGAGGGCGUGAACCUCCAAGUCUGGGAGAAGCUGUUCCUCCAUUUUCUGCCGAACCUGAAGACCCUUCGCGUGCUGCUGGUCGGGCCUGAGCUACGGUUGCCCAGCGGCGUCAUAGCGAACCUUCUGUCGAAGGUGAAACUUUGCUCGGUGUGCAAGUCCAGCAAGAGAUCCGUCACGGUUCUGUUUCGACAGGAGUGGAUCUACCACGAGCUGGUACGCAACGAGCACGUCGACGAGCCCGAUUUGAUCUGCGCCUUCAACCCCGGACUCUAUCGGAGCACGGGUUUCGCGGGGGAGGACACCUGGCCGGAAACGAUACGAGAGUUUUGCAAGAGUUCGGUUCCCGUGGUCGUCACUUCGUACACCGCGGACGAGAUACAUUGGGAAAUAACGAGGAUCAAGUCCAUCAGCGACGUGGACGUUCUCCUGGAGCCGCGACGGAAUCCGUUCGCCUCUGUCAAACCGGAUCGAAACUUUGUCAGCGACGACACGAACCCCCUCAUAUACAAGAAUUAUUACGUCACUGUCGUUAAAGCGAAAUCGACCUCGUUGUAACUGGUUCGAGCAUACUCAACUGCACGAACUACUUGUGGAUAUUUAGUCGAAAAAUGAAAAUUUCUUUGGCAAGAUACUUCGAACGGCGAGCACCUCUGGUUUCGAAUGCAUCUGUGCCGCUGUCGCAACUUCCAAGUAGAUAUAGCCUGUGGAGCAAAUAUAGCGAUCUACUUAAGUCAGUUUCGAGUUAAGCGAAUACCCUUGUUGGGAACAAACUGCUAAAUAGGUUUUUCUCUGCGCGAUGGCGGUCUGUUGGCUGCAGGGCCGCGCGUACUACUUACAAUAUCUGCCUUGAGACGUUCAGGUCCUUGAGAUAGCGAUCUUCAAACUGCCGGUGCUCCCCUAAAAAAUAAAAUCUCUGCGUAAUAAGCAAAAAAAAACUUUUUUACUGGAAUUGUAAGACCUUUGGAAACCGCUAUCUCGUCUCGACGUCGAAUAUUUUUACGACUUUUAUAACGAAACUGUACGCUCGAUCAUUAUUUUACGACCAAUAAAACAUGCAAUAAAUUUUAAAACGUUAUUUGUUAUUUGUUCAUCUGCUCGUCUGUGUUUGAUUUCGCUGAACCGACUACCACGUAGGAAUAUUAAUAUGAGAAAUAUACAUAUCGACACCUUCGACUCUGCAGCUGAACAAACUUACAAUUCUCUCGCUCUUCGAUUGAAUAAAAUUCUUGUUUAAAAACCUACCUUCUGUUGCGUAUAGUGUUAAUAGAUUAUUACUAGAAAUUUUUACAGAAAUUUACGAAAUUUCUUCUCUGAUUUACCUGUUUAAUUUACUCCGAUCUAUCCUCGCCCAGUGAUAAUGCAACAUCAACGACACCAGACGGUUCGUCUAAAUUUGUCUGCACCUGCUCACCAUGCCACUAAAUUUCUGUCUGUCUAUUAUUG